AAUAAAUCAAGAGCAAAGUCAUGUACUUCAACUUUAUUUAUGAACGACAUGAGAGGAAUUUAAAGAUUCGGGAAGAAAAUUUGAAUGUAAAGCACAUUAAAGAACAGGCGAUGAGAUUAUUUCCUGUCCUAGAAGGAAAUCCUAUAACUAUUCGUUAUGAGCCUGACCGAGAUGAUGAGGAUGAUGUUCACUACCAGGAAGAUUAUGAAAAUGUACCAAUAACAAAGAAUAAACAGUUAAAAUCAAUUAUAAAGGAUAUUGAGCAGUCCAUAGAACUAUCAAAAGAUACUCAAGAGCAAAGGGUCCGUUUGCGUGUGUCAAUCUAUGAUGAGGAGCGUGAUAAUCCAGGUAAACGGAAAGAAACUCCUCCAAAAUUUCAGAUUAAGUCAAGGAAAAUAAAUUUUAAUGACAAGCUAAAAGAUCUAAAAGUUAUCUAUACAACUCCUGUUAAAUUUGUGAAUUAUCAGUUCAACUAUUCUGAAGAUUUUAUCCUCUCUCCUGAUUUUAUCGAGAUCCUCAUUAAAAAGAUCUUCACAGAGGCAAGGUACAGGCCGCUUAUUAAGGAUGCAAGGAGAAUGGCUGAGAAAACUAAGUUUGCUAAGAGUUACAACAUCACCAACUACCUAAAAGUAAUGAAUCAGUUUAUAAAAUAACCUGGAGAACGCUUGCAUCGUGACAAAAUCUCCUGCUAAAAAGAAAUCUAAGCUAGCUGCUUUGAACAGGUCAAUAGAUUCUCAUUUGAACACUUCAAAACACUUGAAACAGAAAUUGAGGAGAAAAGUUGGACACAGCUCAAAGGUUGAGACUCAUAGUGACUUUGACCAGGUUUCGUUUAACUAUGAACGUGCACAGCCCAAGAACGAUCCUAUUACGGCCUUUUACAGAGGCGAGCAUAAUACCUAUGAGCAUGGGGAGAGCCCUGGGCUCUCCCACCAUGGGUAUAAACGCAAGCCUCAUUACAGGUCUAUAGAACGGAAUACGACAAGUCAGAAACAGCAGAGGUUGAAAUUUGUCAAGUCAAAUUUUAUUUCAAUGAAAGAAAGGACCAAGACUGCAGAAAAGAUUAAUGGCAGAAGAAGAUUCAUCGAACGGGACAGAGCAGAUAAUUAUGGAGUCGUACAGUAAGAGCCAAAGCAGAAUGUGUAUGGGCAAGUGCCAAGGAGGAGUACAGGAGAGUGGGUUAUGGUAGCCAACCCCAUACAGAC